CAACCUUUCAGAAGUGCCAGCAUGUCUGCAAAGGAGAGGCAAAAAGGCAAAGUGACCAAGGACAGCGUCACUCUAUUGCCCUGCUUUUAUUUUGUGGAGUUGCCCAUACUGGCAUCUUCUGUUGUUAGUCUCUAUUUUCUUGAACUUACUGAUGUCUUCAAGCCAGUUCACUCUGGAUUCAGCUGCUAUGACAGGAGUCUGAGUAUGCCAUACAUUGAACCUACACAAGAGGCUGUUCCCUUCCUGAUGUUGCUUAGUUUGACUUUUGCUGGACCUGCAAUCACGAUAAUGGUAGGAGAAGGAAUUCUCUACUGUUGCCUGUCUAAAAGAAGAAAUGGGAUUGGAGCCGAGGCCAAUAUUAAUGCGGGAGGCUGCAACUUCAACUCUUUCCUUAGAAGAGCUGUCAGAUUCGUUGGUGUUCAUGUCUUUGGCCUUUGUUCUACUGCUCUCAUUACUGACAUCAUACAGCUGUCAACAGGGUAUCAGACACCAUAUUUCCUGACUGUAUGCAAACCUAACUACACAUCCCUAAAUGUAUCCUGCUCAGAAAAUUCUUAUAUUGUGGAAGACAUUUGUUCAGGAUCUGAUCCCAUAAUCAUCAAUGGUGGAAGAAAAUCAUUCCCUUCUCAACAUGCUACUCUGGCAGCCUUUGCAGCUGUAUAUAUUUCGAUGUACUUCAAUUCCACUUUAACCGACUCCUCCAAACUUCUGAAACCUCUUCUCGUCUUUGCAUUUAUCAUCUGUGGAAUUAUAUGUGGCCUGACUCGAAUCACCCAGUACAAGAGCCAUCCAGUUGAUGUCUAUUGUGGUUUUCUAAUAGGAGGAGGAAUUGCUCUCUAUUUGGGUCUGUAUGCUGUGGGGAACUUCCUACCAAGUGAAGAGAAUGUAUUUCACCAGAAUCUGCAAAGAGAACCAUUAAGAUCUCUGACAGACCUUAGUCAAGAUGCCAACAGAAUUUUACCAGGUAAAAAUGGUGGCAAUAGUGAUGGGCGUUCCUCUCACCAUUCUGAGAGUAUUCUGAAUCGAAACCACAGAGAUUCUGGAUCCCUGACUAACAUCAAGAGAGCAAAUGCUGAUGUAGAGAUUAUAACUCCACGAAGCCCCAUGGGAAAGGAAAACAUGGUUACUUUCAGCAACACUUUGCCAAGAGUCAACACGCCAUCACUGGAAGAUCCAGCUAGACGAAAUGCAACAAUUCAUGCAUCAAUGGAUUCUGCCCGUUCCAAGCAACUUCUUUCUCAAUGGAAGAACAAGAGCGAAAGUCGAAAAUUGUCUUUGCAAGUAAUAGAGACUGAAACCGGCCAUUCGCCACCAAGGGCUAUUGAAAUGAGAUCAAGCUCUGAGCCAUCCAGAGUGGGCGUUAAUGGUGAUCAUCAUGGCCCCAGCAAUCAGUACCUGAAAAUUCAGCCUGGCAGCAUUCCGGGUUGUAAUAAUGCUAGUCUUUCUGGCGGGCCAAGAGUUUCUAUUCAGUCACGUCCUGGUUCUUCACAGCUAGUCCAUAUUCCUGAAGAGACCCAGGAAAAUAUAAACACAUCUCCCAAAAGUAGUUCAGCUAGGGCCAAAUGGCUGAAAGCUGCAGAGAAAAGCGUUGUAUGUAGAAGCAACAGUCAGCCAAGAAUCAUGCAAGUAAUAGCCAUGUCAAAGCAGCAAGGAGUGCUUCAGAGCAGUCCUAAAAAUUCAGAGAGCAGCACAGUCACCUGUACUGGAGCCAUCCGAUAUAAAACCUUGACAGAUCAUGAACCCAGUGGUAUUGUAAGAGUUGAGGCCCAUCCAGAAAAUAACAGACCCAUAAUUCAGGUGCCAUCAGAAGGUGAAGGGAGUGGAUCUUGGAAAUGGAAAGCUCCCGAGAAAGGUAGCCUUCGUCAAAUUUAUGAGCUAAAUGAUCUCAAUAGAGACUCUGAGAGCUGUGAAUCCUUGAAAGACAGUUAUGGGUCUGGUGACAGGAAAAGAAGUAACAUAGAUAACAGUGAGCAUCACCAUCAUGGGAUUACCACUAUAAGAGUCACACCAGUGGAGGGAAGUGAGAUUGGCUCAGAAACUCUGUCCAUCUCUUCAAGCCGUGACUCCACACUUCGAAGAAAAGGUAACAUUAUUUUAAUCCCUGAAAGAGGGAGCAGCCCAGAGAACACCAGAAACAUCUUCUAUAAAGGAACAUCCCCCACAAGAGCUUACAAAGAAUGA